CUCCGUUCCCAUCAUCAUUGUAACCAUCGAAGCAGUCUCUGCCAAAACAGAGAGAGAGAGAGAUAAUCAAAAUAAUGCAGAGAUUCACGGCGAAAAGAUCGCUCCAGAACGUUUCCGCUUCCCUCUUGCGGCGAUGCAUCUCAACGACGUCUCAGACGGCUUCCGUCAAGGACACCGACGAGUUUCUAGCUAGGCUUCCGCCGUUCGAUUACGCUCCGCCGCCGUAUUCCGGCCCCUCCGCCGAUGAAAUCCUCAACAAAAGGAAGGAGUUCCUCAGCCCUUCCAUGCCUCUCCUCUUCAGAAAGCCGCUGAACAUUGUGGAUGGGAAGAUGCAGUAUCUAUUCGAUGAGAGUGGUAGGAGAUACUUGGACGCCUUUGCAGGAAUCGCAGUUGUGAACUGUGGACAUUGUCACCCUGAUGUGGUUGAGCCUGUUAUCAAUCAGAUCAAGCGGCUCCAGCAUCCUACCGUUAUGUACCUUAACCAUGCCAUUGCUGAGUUCUCUGAAGCUCUCGCUUCCAAACUCCCUGGUGAUCUCAAGGUUGUGUUCUUCACCAACUCAGGGACGGAGGCUAAUGAAUUGGCACUCAUGAUGGCUAAGUUGUAUACUGGAUGUCAAGACAUUGUUUCGAUUCGAAACGGGUAUCACGGGAACGCCGCUGGAACAAUGGGAGCUACUGGUCAUAGCUUGUGGAAGUUCAACGUUGUUCAGACUGGAACUCACCACGCUUUAAACCCGGAUCCGUAUAGAGGUGUGUUUGGUUCUGAUGGAGAGAAGUAUGCAAGAGAUGUGCAAGAUCUCAUCCAAUAUGGCACCACCGGACACAUUGCUGGUUUCAUUUGUGAAGCUAUUCAGGGAGUUGGAGGGAUGGUGGAACUAGCUCCAGGCUAUAUGUCAGCAGCUUAUGAUAUUGUGAAGAAGGCUGGAGGAUUGUUCAUUGCGGAUGAAGUUCAGUCUGGAUUCGCUCGCACUGGCAACUUCUGGGGCUUUGAGGCUCACAAUGUCGUCCCUGACAUAGUUACUAUGGCAAAGGGAAUUGGGAAUGGGUUUCCUUUGGGAGCGGUUGUGACAACUCCGGAGAUAGCUGGAGUAUUGACACGCCGAUGCUACUUCAACACAUUUGGUGGGAAUGCUGUGGCUACUACAGCUGGUCUCGCUGUUCUGAAUGUGAUUGAGAAAGAGAAGCUUCAGGAAAAUGCAUCCAUGGUCGGAUCUUACCUCAAAGGAAAACUCAGUCAGCUGAAAGAGAAACACGAAAUUAUCGGGGAUGUAAGGGGAAGAGGACUGAUGCUUGGAAUAGAGCUGGUAAGUGAUCGCAAGCUCAAGACUCCUGCGACGGCCGAGACUCUGCACAUCAUGGAUCAAAUGAAAGAGUUGGGUGUGUUGGUUGGGAAAGGAGGCUACUUUGGAAACGUGUUUAGAAUCACACCACCUCUCUGCUUCACUAAGGAAGACGCGGACUAUCUCGUGGAAGCCAUGGACUACUCAAUCUCCAAGAUGUGAAGAAGACAAAAUGAUAAGUAAAUGUCUCCUUGUGGGAGAUUAAUAAGUUGUGGUUAAGUUAUGCUUGUUACUUUACUUUUGAACAACCAAAAUGAUUGAUGAGCCAACAUCUCGUUGCUUCUCAAUCAUUCUGUUUUCUUAAAUAAAACGCAUGUUUUCUUUUA